AGCAUUCUCUCUCCUCCUCUCCCGCAGCCGGAUUAUCACCUCCAGACGAACACGACCCUCUGCUCUUCUCUUGGUUCCUUCCGAUUAGAAAACAACCCAUAAUAUUAAUAAUCACAACAGUAAUAUGCGUCUGAUCCAGAACAUGACGACCAUCGCGGAGUACGCAGCGCCCGAGUGCUCGGUGCCCAACCGGGUGAUUAAAAUCGCGGUGAUUGGAGGCAGUGGAGUCGGGAAGACCGCGCUGGUGGUGAGGUUCCUCACGAGGCGGUUCAUCGGGGACUACGAGAGAAACGCUGGUAACCUCUACUCCAGAGAAGUCCAGGUGGACGGAGAGCAGGUGACCAUCCAGGUUCAGGACACUCCUGGUGUGGAGAUGACCGAUAACAGCAUCAAUCUCCCGGAUCACGUGACCUGCUCCAUCCAGUGGGCGGACGCGGUGGUGCUGGUUUACUCCACGACCGACCGCCGCAGCUUCGACCUGAUCGAGCAGCUGCACCAGCAGAUCGUCCGCACCGGCGGCGCCAGCAUGCCGCCGGUGAUCCUGCUGGCCAACAAGGCGGACCUGCUGCACCUGAGGUGCGUGGACCCCCAGCAGGGCCCGGUGCUGGCGGCGGCGCUGGGCUGCUCCUUCUACGAGGUGUCCGCCAGCGAGGACUACAGCCAGGUGCACAAGGCCUUCCACCGGCUGUGCUGCCAGCUGGCCAAGCAGCAGCCGCCGGCGCCGGCGCCGCCCGCCAACUCCGCGGAGAAGAGGCGCUCGCCCCUCAUCCCCAGGCCGAAGUCGCCCAACAUGCAGGACCUGAAGCGCCGCUUCAAGCAGGCGCUGUCGGCCAAAGUGAGGACCGCCACCUCGGUGUGAGGGGAGCGGCGUCGGUUUUUAAACGAACACGAAACACCCCCCCGCGGCCCCCACGGCGGCCGGAGAAAGAAAGCCUUCUGAGGCGGGAGAGAUUUACCGCUUCUACGCUUUGAAGAUCCUCGGAGAUCAGACCGGAGGACGGAGCUUCACGGAGGCCACGCCCCUCCUCGUUGGCGGCGUCCGUCCGGUCGGACAGCGAGCGUGAGCGCGAAGAGUCGCCGUCAAGCCGCGAGAGACGGCGGCGCGAGGACGCAGGAGCAGCCGUGAGAGACCGUACGGUCCAGGACGGCUGGUUUUGGUUGUUCGGACCGCCACGGCACGGCGAGGUGCGUGCUGGUGGUCCUGAUGCUGAACUCUGGAGCCGGGCUCAGUGCAGCCCUGUGUGUGUGUGUGUGUGUGUGUGUGUGUGUUCCGAUCCAUCACUGUGCAGAACGGACUGAUGCAGCGUUAUGUAGCGAAGAUGCACUUUAUGAAAAAGGAGCGAUCCAAAAGAGACUUUUUGUUUGUGACAAAUUCACCUUUUUGUGUUCACAAUAAAAUAAAUGAUGAAUU